AAUAUGACGCAGAUAAAAGGGAACAAUGCAUUAAAAUGAAAUUGUCCUGUUGUCGAUAGGGGCGCAACUUUAGUUGACAAACCUGUAUGUGCGUAUUGGUUGGAGGACAUGUUGUUUUUGUCUCAGUUCCAACCUCUCUCUAUGUAUUUCUUCCCAUCAGUCCCUCCCUCACCUUUUCUCUGUUAUCCUCCCAUAUCUCACUAUUCCUCAGGGAAUUAAGAGAGGAUCGGCCCCCGCAGGCUCUACUGAUUGGCUCUUUGGCCACAAGUGUUCCUGCUCUAUAGCUCAAAAGAAUCCACAUCAACUUUUGUGUCUGACUACCAUGUAAACCACUUUUUGUAAUAUUUCAGGUAUUGUCAAAGAUGAGAGUGCUGGAGACACUAGGUGUUGUAGUUUUGGUGACUCUAACUCAGAUAUGGAGCACUCAGGCACAAGAAUGCAGCAUCACUUCUGUAACUUCUCCUACGGCAUCAUCACUGUUGGUUCAAUGGAACAGAUUCCAGGGAGUAAGCAAUUAUUUUUUGGACCUUCGGGUUGUGAACGACACAAGCAUCACUCCAGUUGUAGCGUCGGUACCUGGGAGUACGUCAAAGGAAAGAGGUCUUUGGUUUGAAGACGGGAACAUUGUACACUGUCACAGUUAAAGGGUUUCAGAUUUAUACUCCCUGUGUGUGUCGAUGUAAAAAUAGCAAGGACAGCACCGAGUACAUCUCAGAUAACCUAUUCAAAGGCAAUAUCAAGUACAGCCAUCUGGCUAGAAUGGGAUUCGGUGCAAACAGCACUACAAUACUUUUUGCUGAUAAAUUCAACACUGACCGGGGAACGGUACAACUUGUCUUUUACAAACAAUAGUGCAGUGGUUAGAAAUCUUCGACCGGGAACUACAUAUGACUGUUAUGUGGUCACAUCCAAUGCUGGAGGUCUAGGAGCAAGAAGCAAUAUAAGAACCGUCACUACAUUGAUACAGCCUCCAGCAGUGAUCACAGUCCAACAGACGGGGACCCAGUCUGCCCACAUCAGUUGGCAACCUGUAGACAAGGUUCUGGUCUACCAAGUUAUGGUCAAAAAUUGGAAUUCCCAAAUCAGUACAAUAUAUUCAAACAAUGUGUUCGGCACGACAUUGAAUGUGCAGAAUAUAUUACCCUGUUCUUCAUACCAAAUCUCAGUGUCUUCACUUAAUGCUCUCUUGGAACCUGGAGAACCCAAGCAGAUCAACUAUACAACAAACACUCUGGGUUCAGUGACAUCAGUCUCGGUCGACUACAGCUGUCCUAGCGAAUCUGCUGUGGUCUCCUGGACAGCUGUGUUAGGAGCCACUGCCUACCGUGCCACCGCCACAAGUCAGAGUGGUGCAAUUCUGUCCUGCACCUCCAACAGUACAAAGUGCCAACUCAGAAAUCUAUCAUGUGGGGAGAACUAUACGGUACACGUCACAACCCUGUCCGAUAACUGCGAGAGCCCCAGCAAUGCCACCACUUCCUUCCAAACAGUUCCCUGCCCUCCAUCCGAUCUGAUGCUGUACCGGGAGUGCAGCAGCAAUGUCAUUAUCUUUUCCUGGGCUCCAAAUAAUAACUCAACUUACUACUUUGGGAGGGCCGUUGACUCCACCGGCAAGGUAAUGGAAUGUUUGACCGCAGACACAUCCUGCUUCUUUACCGACACCACAUGUGGACGCCUUUACACCUUCACGGUCUUUGGUUCUUCAUCGCUGGCUAUAGAUCAGUGUAACACUGCAACCAGUUCAUCUAUACAAAUACGAACCGCACCUUGCCAAGCAAGGAACAUGAUGUCGUCAACGGACUGUCAGACAGGUCUUCUGACCAGCAGCUGGGAAGGUGCAGAUGGAGCGGUGACUUACACAGUGGAGGCCUUUGGUAACCGUGAAAAUCAGAGCUACUAUAUGUGUAGCACAGUGACGCACAGCUGCACAAUCCCAAGCAUUCACUGUGGGGAGAGUCUCACUAUGAUAAUCACUGCUGCUGAUGAUGAGUGCUCCAGUUUUCUGUCUCUGGGAGAAGUAGGUUAUUCAGCCCCGUGCGCACCUCAAAAUGUGUCUGCAGUAAUGGACUGCAGCUCAAAUUCCAUCAGUCUGAGAUGGGAAGCAUCAUCAGGCGCUUUAUUAUACAUUGCCGCAGUGGUGGAUCAGAACAGGACUGUUCACACCUGUAGUUCAGUGGAUCCAUAUUGCCAGAUAACUGGGCUUAGCUGUGGAACCAUCUAUAGCGCCUUUGUGAUCGCCUCCAACUACAUAUGCAACAGCUCCUUCAGUGACACCAUCAGUGUAGAAACAGCUCCCUGUCCCCCUGGGGAUGUACAAGCUCUGCUGGACUGUCAAGAGAACCAGGCGUUGGUGAGCUGGCUUGGAUCUCGGGGUAUGAUAUCCUAUACUGCCACCAUGGAGGACCAGGUCGGCGGUCUUCUCAGCUGCAGUACCAUUGCCAGCAGCUGCCAGAUCCCCAACCUGAAGUGCGGCCAAGUUUACGCCAUUAGUGUCAUUCACCAUGAUGGAAUCUGUCCCAGUAUGCCUUCCCAUGCCAUACAAAUGAAGUCUGUGCCUUGUGGCCCAACACAUGUUCAGAGUGAGGUACAGUGCCUCUCAGGUGUUCUCUCAAUAAGCUGGGACAGAACAAAAGAUGCUGAAGGGUAUAUCGCCACUGUGGUCUCCACAAACACUGGAGAGAUGGUUUACUGCAACUCUACCUCGCCUGCCUGUAACGUGAGCAAUCUGCAGUGUGGCGAUGCAUACUCUGUGCAGGUUAGGUCAUACAACGGCUCCUGUCUGAGCAUGCCGAGUCAACCUCUAGUGAUAAGAGAAGUGCCAUGUGCGCCUACUAAUGUGACAGCUCAACGGACCUGUGGCAGAAGCUCAGUGGAGGUAUCAUGGCAUGCAAGCCGUGGUGCUCAGUCCUAUGUUGCUGUUGCUGUGGGGGGAAGUGGGCACCGUACAACGUGUUCCUCCAACACAACGACCUGCAGUAUCCCUGACCUGCACUGUAGCAGUGUGUACUCCAUCAGCUUGAUGGCUGUAGAUGGCAACUGCUCCAGCCUGGAGAGUCAGAGCGUGACCCUGCACACAGUCCCCUGCCCACCAUCUGACGUCCAGGGCACUAUAAAUUGCAGCACCAACUCCGCCACUCUGUCCUGGACUCCCAGUCUUAAUGCUGUGUCCUACAGUGGCAGGGCAUUAGGCAGAGAUGGACACAAUGUGACGUGUGAUAACAGAACUCCAGGUUGCCAGUUAAACGGCCUGCACUGUGGACAGGAGUACGUGUUUGUCGUAACUGCUUCUGACGGUAGCUGUGAAAGUCCAAACAGCGUGGAGUACAGACAUGAGACAGCACCGUGUGCUCCUCAGAAUGUGGCCAGAUUUCUGGACUGCGCCUCUAACAGCCUGAACGUAAGCUGGGCUCUUGGUCUCCGAGCUCUAAACUACACCGUCCUCGCCAGGACAGCAGGUGGCGCUGUGCACAGCUGUACCACAGCGACCUCCAGUUGUAUUCGUCACCGGCCUGCAGUGUGGUCAGAACUACACCGCUGUCAUCACAGCAAACAAUGGAGAGUGUCAAGGGCCAGAGAGCGUAACUCAUCCUGUCCAAACAGUGCCGUGUAUGCCCACAUCUGUCCACGCCAACGUGGAGUGUGCAAGUAACAGGGUGAAGGCAACAUGGGGUCCAGCAACUGGAGCUUUGUCCUACAUCAGUGUUUUGACCGGCCCAGGCCAUUACAGAGAAUCCUGCAUGACCUCUGACCUCUCCUGCUCCUUCAGUGGCCUGACCUGUGCGCAGAC